CCUCCCCUCCCACCGGCCACUGCAACUGCCAAACGGUAAAACGUGUUUGAAGAAGAGAGUGCCCCAGUUUGCAGAAGCCAGGGGCAGUCUUGGGCAUGCGUUGCGUAUAUAAGAGCCCCACCCACGCUCUCUUCCUCCUUCACAAACAAAACUCACCCACUCUGAGAAAACCGGAGGGUCCAACCAAGGUUCACCAGGUUUCAAGGUAGAAAAGCAAAAUGGUGAAGAUCUGUUGCAUUGGUGCUGGAUAUGUUGGGGGCCCAACAAUGGCCAUCAUUGCACUGAAGUGUCCUUCUAUUGAGGUGGCUGUUGUGGACAUCUCUGUGUCUAGGAUCACAGCCUGGAACAGCGACCAGCUCCCCAUCUAUGAGCCUGGUCUUGAUGACGUUGUGAAGCAAUGCAGAGGCAAGAACCUCUUCUUCAGUACUGAUGUGGAAAAACAUGUCUCAGAGGCCGACAUAGUGUUUGUCUCUGUCAACACCCCAACCAAAACUCGGGGUCUUGGGGCGGGGAAGGCUGCAGAUCUGACUUAUUGGGAGAGUGCAGCUCGUAUGAUUGCUGAUGUGUCAAAAUCUAACAAAAUUGUAGUUGAGAAAUCGACGGUUCCAGUCAAAACUGCUGAGGCAAUUGAAAAAAUUCUCACCCACAACAGCAAGGGAAUCCAAUUCCAAAUUCUGUCAAACCCAGAAUUCCUUGCUGAGGGGACUGCAAUUCAAGAUCUUCUCAACCCUGACAGAGUCCUCAUUGGAGGCCGGGAGACCCCAGAAGGCCAGAAGGCCAUCCAAGCAUUGAAGGAUGUCUAUGCUCAGUGGGUCCCUGAGGAACGCAUACUAACUGCCAAUCUCUGGUCUGCAGAGCUCUCAAAGCUUGCUGCGAAUGCCUUUUUGGCCCAGAGAAUAUCCUCAGUUAAUGCCAUGUCAGCUCUUUGUGAGGCUACUGGGGCAAAUGUAAUGCAGGUAUCAUAUGCUGUGGGUAAGGACUCGAGGAUUGGACCCAAGUUCCUGAAUUCUAGUGUUGGCUUUGGGGGGUCCUGCUUCCAGAAGGAUAUUUUAAACCUGGUUUACAUAUGCGAGUGCAAUGGUCUUCCUGAGGUUGCAGAGUACUGGAAACAGGUCAUCAAGAUCAACGAUUACCAGAAGAACCGUUUUGUGAACCGUGUAGUUGCCUCCAUGUUUAACACGGUUUCAAACAAGAAGAUUGCAGUUUUGGGGUUUGCAUUCAAGAAAGAUACUGGAGACACGAGGGAGACCCCCGCCAUUGACGUGUGCAAGGGGCUAUUGGGUGACAAGGCCCGGUUGAGCAUUUACGACCCACAGGUCGCGGAAGACCAGAUCCAGAGGGACCUCACGAUGGACAAAUUUACUUGGGACCAUCCCAUUCACCUCCAGCCAAUGAGCCCCACCACUGUGAAGCAAGUCAGCGUGGUUUGGGAUGCCUAUGAAGCAACAAAGGAUGCCCAUGGUGUUUGCAUUCUGACCGAGUGGGAUGAGUUUAAGACACUUGAUUACAAGAGAGUUUAUGAUAACAUGCAGAAACCGGCUUUUGUAUUUGAUGGCAGGAACGUGGUUGAUGCAGAUAAGCUGCGCGAGAUUGGUUUCAUUGUGUACUCAAUUGGUAAGCCCCUGGAUCCAUGGCUCAAGGACAUGCCAGCUGUGGCAUAGAAGAAGAUAAUGGAUGCACGAUCGAGGCUUGUGGGUCAAUGAAUCUUAGUUGGAGGCAAUCAGUCUUAUUCUUUUAUAUAUCUUUUUUAUAUUCUUGUGAAAGUAAGAGGCUCUAUGUUUUGCCCUACAUUUGUGUUCAAAGUCAUUAAUGUCCGUCUGUUAUUUGUUUGCUAGCAAACUUUGAUCUUUUGUAUUUGGCUUAUAUUCGAGAGAAAAUUUUCAUAAUCUAAAA